AUGUUCAAAUUGGUGGUGUUGUUCGCCCUCGUAGCCGUAGCUGUAGCUAAACCAGGUUUCCUUGGAGGACACUUGGGAUACUCUGCCGUAGCCUCUCCCUUGGCCUACGCUGCUCCAGUAGCCUACUCCGCUCCAGUUGCUGUAGCUCACAGCUACGCCGUACCAGCCGCUGUUAGCAGCACCUAUAGAAAGGACGUCAUCAGCAAACCAAUUGUAGCCACUUAUGCUGCUCCAGCUGUUGUUGCCGCCCCAGCUUAUGCAUACUCUGCUCCACUAUCUUAUGCAGCUCACGUACCAGCUGUGCAAGCCUGGGGGACCCACCCAAACAAGUUCAACAAUUAUUACGAGUAUAAAAAGGAUUGGGCCAACCAGAAACAGCAUCAGUUUUUGUCAGUCAGUCUUAUACUCGCAACACAGACCUCUUUAAAAAUGUUCAAAUUGGUGGUGUUGUCUGCUCUCUUGGCCGUUGCCGUAGCUAAACCAGGAUUCCUUGGUGGCCAUUUGGAAUACGCUGCCGUAGGGUCUCCCUUGGCUUACUCUGCUCCCGCUGUAGUAGCUGCUUCUCCUGUCGUUACCAAUACCGUUGUAUCCGGAGGAUCUUCCGCCAUCACCAGCCAAUACAGAAGCGAUGUCAUCAGCAAACCUAUAGUUGCCGCUUACUCCGCUCCAGUCAUUGCUGCUGCUCCAGUUGUAACUAAAACCGUCGUAGCUCCAGCUGCCGUAAGCCAUCAAUUCAGAAGUGACGUCAUCAGUAAACCAGUAGUAUCCACCUACUCUGCUCCAGCAGUAGUAGCUUCCGCUCCAGUAUUAGCUGCCGCUCCAGUAGUAACCAAAACCGUUGUAGCUCCAGCUGCCGUAAGCCACCAAUUCAGAAGCGACGUCAUCAGCAAACCAAUAGUAUCCACCUACUCUGCUCCAGCUGUAGUAGCUGCCCCAGUUGUAGCUAAAACUGUUGUUGCUGCUGCUCCCGCCGCCGUCAGCACCAGCUACAGACAAGACCUUGUUAGCAGCCCAGUAGUAUCUACCUACUCUGCUCCAGCUUUAGUAUCUUCCUACUCUGCCCCAUCUGUAGUAUCUUCUUACGCAGCUCCAGCCGUAGUAUCUUCCUACUCCGCCCCAGCUGUAGUAUCUUCCUACUCUGCUCCAUCUGUAGUCUCUUCCUACGCUGCUCACGGUUUGGGAUCUUUCUACUCCGCCCCAGCUCCAUUGGCUUACGCUCAACAAUGGUAAAGAGAGGACUGAUGUAAAUUAAAUUAAAAAACUAAAUAA